AUGGUAUUCGAAAACUACAAUGUAGAAAAAUACCUUGACGAUCACGUUCAAUCGAUUGUGUCCACUUUCCGCUUUAUGAAAUAUAAGAAACCAGAGAAAAUGGGAACUGGACAGGGUCUAUCCGUGCAUACAGACAAGACUUUAACUUCCAUACUCCACCAAAAUCAUGUCAAAGGUCUUGAGAUAUAUACAAAAGAUAACAAAUGGAUUGGUUUUGAUCCUUUGCCUUCAUCCUUCCUAUUCGCAUCUGAUGGAUUUCAGGUUUGGAGCAAUGACAGAAUACCAUCUUGUAAACAUAGAGUCAAUCUGAAGGAAAAUGAGGAAAGAUACUCGUUUGGACUAUUUUCAUACUUGAAAGGGGUGACACGCGCACCGGACGAGCUUACCACCGACGACCACCCCGUGAAGUAUAAGCCAUUGCAUAUGUUGGAUUAUGUUCAAUUUUAUAUGGCCAAUUAUCUUAAUAUUGGGGAUGGGUUCUCUGUCAAGGAAUAUUGCGGGGUUUGA